UAAAAAACGUAAUUGUUUUGAGACGCUCCCUACUUUCGUUCUCUAUUAUUAUCAUUUGAAACAUGGCGGCUACUUUGAAAACACCAAAACAUUUUCGCUCGUGGAAAAAUGAAGAUUCUUUUGAUCAGAGUGAUGUUGUAAGAUUAUUUGAUGCAGAAAAAGUGAAAACAACAAAAUCUGUAAAUUGUUGGAAGUACUGGAGUAUAUAUUGUACUCUUAUUGGAUUUUUUACUCUAUUUUUCCUCGGAAUUUUGAUUGGAUUUUUAUUGAGGGUCGAUUCAAAAGUAAGCAGUUGCUCGGAUAAAGAGAAAAGAGCCGAUGGAUUCGACAGAGAUAAACUGCAAGCUGUUCACAAUAACAUUGUAUUUUACAUGUCGGAAGAAAAUAUAGCAAAAUAUUCGCGGGAGUUAUCUGCUCUUUCAUCUGAUGGCUUAUCAGCUAGUUCUGACAGAGACACAAAUGACAAGAAGUCAGCAGAAUAUGUGGCGAAAAAGUUCCGACAGUUUGGAUUUGACACGGUUGAAACUGAAGAUCAUGAGAUAGUAGUAACCUCCCCUGAUCCCCUACAUCCAAAUAGACUAGAAAUUAUGUCCGCAGACGGCAGCAGUAAAAACAACUACACAUUUCAUGGCAGUUUUGAAACAAAGGGAAGUAACUCUGGUAAAUCUGAACCUCAAGAAAUUGAACUGGACUUUUUACCACCAGGCACUGCAAAGGGACCUCUGAUGUAUGGAGGCUAUGGUAGAAAUGUAGAUUUUAUGCAGCUAGAGGCCAGUCGUAUUGUUGUACAAGGGUCAGUCUUACUCCUGAAAAUUGGUCAUAAUUCUAUUGCUGAGAAGGUGAAGUUGGCAGAGAGGCAUGGCUGUGCUGGGGUGUUACUGUUCUGUUACCAUGCAGAUGCAUGUAACUAUAGCAACAGUGGCAGACAUUUUGUGACAAAUGUUAGAGAUUUUACAGAUUUGAACAAUGAUGGUUUACCCACAAUUCCAGUACAGACUGUGUCCAACAAUAUAGCUAUGAAUCUUAUCGAAAGUAUUCCUGAUUUCAGUCUGCCAUCACCUUGGCAACAGCAUAAAGAACAAAAUAAUAGCAAAGUUUAUGAUUCAGUUAGUGUAUACCUGCAAGUAAACAACAAGAAAAGUACAAGGACAAUCAAUAAUGUGAUUGCUACAAUAUAUGGAAGCAACGAGCCAGAUCGUCAGAUAUUACUUGGUAGCAGACGACAUACAGAACAAUCUGCUGAAAGUGACCUUGACCCUGCAAGCAGUACUGGUUCCUUGCUUGAGCUAGCUAGAAGUAUGGCAUAUAUCAGACAGUGGGAACUAUGGAAACCAAGAAGAACACUUAAGUUUGUGUCAUUUGGAGGUCAUUCCAGAGAUGUGGGAAUGUAUAACUAUAUUAAGCACAACAGACAUAUCCUUACUCAAGAAGCUGUGACCUACAUUGACCUUGAUGCAGUAUCUAAAGGGUCAAAGGUCAUGGAGUUUAGGUCAAGUCCUUCUGUAGCGAAUCUUUUAUUGAGGACCUCAGAUAUGAUUCCAGAUCCUUUGAAUCCUGAAUUUUCAUUGGUCGAAAGAUGGCCCAAACUGUCACAUGACUGGUAUUUAUCUAAUGAAAGUGCAAUAAAUAUGUACAGUUCGGGAGAGUUUCCAUUAUUCCACCAACUUGGAAUUCCAUCAGUCUCUUCACAUGUAUUGCAAUCCAUGGAUGCAGAGUUGCAAAGGGAAAAUACCAUGUAUAACAGCUAUCAACUAGCAUCAGCAAGAGUUGUUUCCUUAACCACAGUAAAACUGUUGGAUGAUUUGAUUAUUCCAAUCAACACAAGUUUCAUAUUACAGUUUAUUAAUAGCUCUAUAAACCAUUCAGUUGAUGUAUUACAACAACAUAUUUUGGGUUAUAAUUUAAACACAGAGAAAUUAUUAACAGUGUUGAAUCAGUUAGUCCUGCUGGGAGAUAACAUAACACAUAAUGUUGAGGAUUGUUCUAGUACAAGGCAGAAAAAUGAUUUCCUGAUGAGAUUUGAAAGUGUAUUCAUGGAUGACAGUUUUGGUGAUUCAUUAUUAUCAGUUUCCAGACAGUCUGGUUCAUUAUCAGCAUUUACAGAUGUGGAAAACAUGUUCCUACUGACAAAUAAUAGAGACACAGUCAGUUUAUUUCUCAAGAGAGUUAUGGAAUUGUUAAACGAAGCUAUAAAAGAAAUACAUACACUUAAAGACAGAUAGCUAUGAUUGGAAAGGGAGAUAAUACAGUUUGAUCUCUGGAUGUGCAAAUACAAUAUGGUGCAAUUAAAACAGUAUUAUACUUAUUAUGUUAGUCAAGUUGAAGUUGAAAAUGUUAUUAUGUUAGUACUGGAGAGACAAAGAUGUUAUUGUGUUAGUCAGGAUGUGAGGGAAAGAUAGUAUUAAUUAUUAGUGUUUGAGAGAGAAAGAAGAUUUUGUGUUUGGAAUUAUAUGAAAAAGUUAUUAUGAUUGAAAAGAAGUGGAAACAUGUAAUGGAAAAUGCUAAAUGUUUCUUUGUUCUUUGAUAAAAUGUUAAACAGUCCUAAAAAAUGUAAUGGAUUUAAACAGUGUAAGGGAUGGACUUUAGAAAAAUUUCAUGAAUGAGUCUCUAUUUUGAUUGAAAAAUUAUAUUUGAUUCUUUUAACAAAUGAGCCGCGUCACGACAAAUUCAACAUUAUGUGUUUGCGACCAGCAUGGAUCCAGACCAACCUGUGCCGCGCAGUCUGAUCAGGAUCCAUGCUGUUAACUAUCAGUUUCUCUAAUUGUUAUAGGGUUUGUAAGCAAACAGCAUGGAUUCUGAUCAGACUGCUCGGAUGCGCAAGCUGGUCUUGAUCCAUGCUGGUCACAAAGGCAUAGUGUUGGUUUUGUUGUGACGCAGCUCAUAUAUUGAUUCAGGUAUAUUUUCCUUCUUUGUCAUGCUCAUGUUGUUUGUAUUUUAACAUUACAUGCCUUGAAUUAUGAAGGAAAACAGAAACAUAAUAUGGAAUAUUUAAAAGAUGUUCAGUGCUAAAUUAUUGUAAUGAAAUACCAGAAAAAUGUUUUUUUAAAGAAGUAUUCUUUUUUUGUGAAUAUUUGGAAAAAAAAAAAUUUUAACACAGUAAAAUAUUUUGAUGGAAACAAAAAAAGUGUUUUACACAUUGCAAACAUCAUUCACAAUCCAUGUAAAUUACCAAAGAGGUCAAACUAUGAAUAAAUAACCACAUGUUAGUCACGCAGUAGAAUGCGGGAGAAAUAUGGUGACAAGUACUGCAUUAAUCCCACAAAAUAUGUAAAUUAUUACUUAUAUCUUGAAUCGUUUCACUUUUCUCACAAGUUUGAUCUUAUUAAAAUAUUUUUGUUCGUCUGGAGGCAUGCAGCUUUAAAUAUGAGAAUGAUUGAUAUUGUUUAUCUGUUUAUAAAUUUUGUGUUUGUUGUUUCUCUAGUCAUCAUGUACAGAAUCUUUUUUUUCUCAGUCACUGAGUUUAUUUGUUUGUCCACUUGUAAAUAGAAUAACACUACAUUUGUAUAUUUGGCCAUAUUUGAUGUUUUCAUAUAGAAUUUGAUAAAAAGAUAUUAUGCUUUGGAUUAUUUUUUUUCCAUUAUAGUUCUUUGGUAUGUCUUAUUUACUGUAUAAGUGGUUAAGUUAGCAAUGCAGAAAAGUUGGCGAAUUUCAUGAAGUCACAAAAAUCGCUAAAAUUUCCUCAGGCAAGUGUAACCAAAGUUGUUUUCAGUUUUCAGGCCACUCUGAGAUCAGAGAUUCACUAUUUCCACUCGCAAUUGUCUAAAAUAUUAAUUUCCUAACUUUUCAACACAUGUAAAUAUCCACUUAUACAAUAAGUUCUUUGAAAAACAUUUGAAAAAAGGCAUCUGUGAGCUGUCCAAUUAGCUUCUAAAUUAAAAUUACUUGGUGUUUACUGCUGUAGGCUAUAAAGAAAAGAAGGUUAAUGACUUUUUCAUGUUAGGAAAUUAUCCAGCCAUCUUAUCAAGGAAUGUUAUUUUUGACGUAAGAUUUGUUGUUUGGGUACUAGGCAUUUUGUUGUUGUUUUUUCCACCAACAGUUGCAGCUGAACAUUUGCUGCUUCACAUCACAGUGACAGUAUGGUUUAAAACCAUUACUGGUAAUAAUCUUGAUGCUUAUGAAAAUGAUCUGACAUUUUUGAAAAACAAACAACAUUCUUUACAUUGAUAGGACGAGUUAAUUCUGUAAACAUUUUCUGCUAUUUACUUUGAAAACACUACAACAGGAAUAAUGAUAAUCUACUGCAAUGUUAUCUUUUCAAUAAAAAAGUAUGUUUGUACUAUUUGUCAGUAAUAUCUGGUAUGAUGUAUAAUGUAUUGAACAUUGUUAUAACUACAUGUAAUUUAUAGAGAACAAUAUAAAGCUGAUGCACUUAAGUGUUAUCAGAUAUAUUGAAAAUAUCAACACAUGCUAACCUGUUGAAAAGUCUUUUGUCACAAGUAUAGGGUCAGGCCAGGCUGAACAGUUUUGCAGUCUUUGUAUUGUUGGUAACUGGUAACAUGUUUUUUUUAUACUGAAUUUCCCUGGACUAAAUAAGGUACUGCUCCAAAUUAUAGGAAAAAUUCAUUGCCAAUUUAGUGUAGCAUGGUUAAGUCACAGUUACUUAUCAAAAACCAUUUGAUUAUCACCUUUUACACUUAUUUGUACUUUUGUAACUAUUUAUACAGUGAAAUAUUAAAAAUGACAUUUCAGUAA